GUAACUAUCUGCAUACGGAUAGGUUGCGCAGUGUGCACACACUUCUUGUACAUAACGUAACUAAGUAAGUAUACAUUCAUAGCACAAGCCUACAACGGGAUAAUCCAAUCGAUUUUGCCUCAGCGUACUCAUUCGCACAAAAUGUCACUCAAAAUCAAUGUUCUUCAUAAAGGGAGGGCACAGAGUAUGUUCAUCUCACAGUCACAGCCGGUUGCUAAAGUUCUGCUGGAUGUUUGUGCAAAGCUUGAUUUAGCGUACAAUGUACACGGAUUGAAGUUUCAGAAUAAACCUAUUAAGGACUUGGGAUCGAACAUGAAGUUAAAUGGCAUUCCUAAUAAUGCUAGGCUGGAGUUGUAUUCACUCAAGCAGCCGAUGGGUAUGGAGAGUGUGACGGCGGUGAUCCAACUCCCCGAUGGCAGUCGACAGCAUACCGUGCUUCGCUCAGACCAAUCACUGUACGCUGCCUUGACUGCGGUGGGCGCUGAGAGCUCUCGAGAUGAGGGCGAACCAGUUGUACACGUGUUGAAUGAGAUCGUGAAGCGUGCACAAGCCUUGCAACGUACCACACUCUUCUCACUGGGUGUUCUGCGCGGGAAG